AUGAAACCUAUGCAUGCUUCAAGCUCAAUGGAGAUUGAUGGAUGCAAGCACAACAGUGAAUGUACUGUAACAAAACAUGAAGACGGGGAUGCUUCAGCUAAGAGACAAAUUUCUGUUGGGCUGAUAGGAGUAUCUAAUACAAUCGGACAUCCUCGGGAUGAUGAAGAUCCGUGUGUGUCCAACAAACUGGUGCCUUUCACACUUGAAGUAAAAUACUACUUUGAAAAGUUUAUCACUGAAGCUGUUAAACAAGAUGCUCCAACCAACCACUCCCUGGGGCUGGAGACGGCGUUCAGAAUGAUCAGAAGUACACUGCAAGAGCAUGAAAAUCAAACUAUAAAGGAAGAUGCAAUGAUAAUGUAUAUCAGCAGAGGUCUGCUGACAUCAUUAACUGAUGCCAAAGAUGUGAUGGAGGUGAUAGCAGUGGAAAAUGGGAAACUAGGCAAUAAGGUGGUCAUUAACACAUAUGCCGUCAUUGGUGAUGGCAAACCAGUGAUGUUUGAGAAAAGCUUCUUGGAAAAUGUGGCUAACCAGAAUUUUGAGAAGUACGAUGUCCAGAGCAGGCAUCCACUGCCAGUUAGGCCUGGGCAAAGCCUCUCUGUGAACACCACCGACUCCCUGAGCACAACAGUGGGUACCUUCUUCCAGGCCUUUAACAGGUCAAUAGAGGACAGGCCACGGUUCUCACUGCCCUAUGCUGACCAGACAGGGGCAGGCCUUGUCAUGAGCAUCAGUCAACCAUGUCUACACCAGGGGAAGGUGUUAGGUGUGGCAGGGGUGGAUCUUCACUUUGGAGAGAUGGUGGAAGACAUCACAUACUUUCAGCAAGAAGUAUUUGCCUAUGCAUUUCUCCUGGAUCAGCAUGGUUACAUGGUGAUGCAUCCAUCCCUGUCCCGUCCCAUCUUCACCAAGUACCAGCCUAUGCACACAGAUGUCAGCCACUUUGAAAACUAUGAGGGCUUUGAGAGGGUGAAGCAUAUGAUUUUAAGUGCCACAGAGGGCAGGACCAGUCUGACAGUACAUGCCAAGGAAAACACACAGUCCAACCUCUCCCUGCUGCCUGAUGGCAAGACUGUCAUCUACAGAUACCUGUGGAAAAGGAUCGAGAAUACACCUUUCAUCCUUGUUCUGAAGGUUGCAGUGGAUUCUGAGUAUUCUGGUGUAACAAAUGCUCCAGUGCCCAACUCACUGUUAUAUCACCGCCUAGAUUUGAUUCCACAUAAUACCUGCAUGCACCUCAAACAGCUGGCUACACUAGAAGCCAGCACUGUGUUCCUCUCUGCAUCAGCUUUCACCAGUCCCUUUGAACAUCUCAAUAAGCCAGAGAAUAAGAAAGAUGCCAAGGAAGUGGUGCAGAGUUAUGUGGCAUAUCUUGGAGAUGAUACAAAACUGAUAGCUAAUCCAGGAUUAAAGCCUGAGGUAAGAGAUGAUGUGGCUGCAGUUUCCAGAAUCAACUCACAGUGGCUGCAGCAGUUCAAGAAGAGCAAACUGAAUGAUUACAUUGUCAGAAGAUAUGUGGCCACCCCAAGUGGAGUGUUCAGGCUGUUUCCAGGUGGUUUGAUAGAGAAGAAAUUUGACCCAACCAAGAGACCCUGGUAUGAGCGUGCCAUUGAGAACCCAGGCAGUGUGGUGCUGACAGAGCCCUACCUGGACGUGUAUGGAGCAGGCUAUAUAGCCACCAUAAGUCACACAGUAUAUGAGGGGAGACCUGGUGGCAAGCACAGUUCCUCUGACCGUAUAGUAGCUGUGAUGGGUAUUGACAUCACCAUGCGGUAUUUCUACAAGCUGCUCAGGGAGGCCAUGCCACACUGUGAGGACAAGAAUAUAAG